UUUCCAGUCUAUGCCCGGAGGUUUGGAGCGUAGGAAUUGCUGCUUCAUCCAGAGAACACUUGUCUUUCACUGUAAUGAGUCGUGUACAUGAAGAUAGACUGAAGGCCUCGAGAGGGUGUGAUCUGAGUUCCUCCUUUUGCCAUAUGAUGUCUUCUGUUGACCUGAAAGAUGAGCUGACCUGCCCUAUCUGCCUUCAACUCUACACCGAUCCCGUAACUCUGCAGUGCGGACACAACUUCUGCCAGAAGUGUAUGGAGGCCACGCUAGAUACACAGGAGCCAUCUGUAUCCAAUAGCUGCCCUCAAUGCAGAGCUAAAUUUCAUAUACGUCCUGUGCUGAAGAGGAACACCACACUGUGUAACAUAGCGGAGCAUUUUCUUUCUCAGGAAGAACUGGAAGAGUGUAAGGUAUUUUGUACAUCCUGUGAUACUCCUGUGGUUGCUUUGAAAACGUGCCGGUUGUGCAAAGUUUCCCUAUGUGAACUUCACCUGGAAGGACACAGCAAGUCCCCAGAACAUACCUUAAUUCAACCAACAAAUUCCCUCAAGAUUGGUAGAUGCUCUGUGCACAAGAAGGACAUUGUGUAUUACUGCACUGAGGAUGCUGAGUGUUUGUGUGUUUCUUGUUGCCUGGGUGAAAAGCACAGAGGACACAAAGUUGGAUUAUUGAAUGAAGCCUUUAAACAGGAAAAAGAAAAACUAAGGAUUAUUCGAGAAAAUAUCGUCAAAGAAAGAGGAGAGCUUGAAACGAGAGUCCAAUAUCUCCAGGACCACGUAAAUCGCCUACCAAGAAAAGUAGCCGAUGUUACGGAGAGGGUCUCUACCCAUUUUAGAAACCUCAUGAUGAAGCAAGAUACAUUAAAGAAUCAGGUUAUGAAAGAGAUCACUAAGCAAAAAGGUCGGGUGUCAAUGUCUGUCUCUAAACUGACCCAGCAGCUGAAAUUGAAGAAGGACUAUCUUUCCAGUAAAAUAUCUACUAUAGAUGAGCGAUGUCAUAUGAUGGAUCCGUUACUCUUCUUACAGGCAGACAGAGAGGUCUUUGCUGAGGUGAUGUCCGAUAACAACAAUAACCUAAAAAUGACCGAACCUGAUGAUCUGGCUGAAGAUGUGAUCAGCCAGACCCUGAGCACUGGUAUAGUGAACAUCAUUUCAAGCCUACAGAAGGGCUACUAUGUGCAGGAGGCUUCUGGCAUAUUGCUGGAUGUCAACACCGCUUCUAAUGAUGUAUUUAUCUCGGAUGACCUAAAAACUGCUUCCUGGUCGGAAGUCCAUCUUGGUCGUCCCUUAACCCGAGAGAGAUUUGUGAUUCGUAGAGUUUUAAGUGUGAAGGGUUUUUCUGAUGGAAGACUUUACUGGGAUGUAGAAGUAAGUAAGGAGGGAGGAUGGAGAGUGGGAAUGACCUAUGCAAGUAUAGGAAGAAAAGGAAAAUAUUCCCUCAUUGGAAAUAAUAAGUCGUCGUGGGGUCUGCGUGGAAUUAAUAAGCUAUAUUCAGUAAGGCAUGACCGGAAAGAAAUCCCAUUAGUAUACAGAGCUACCUGCUAUAAAGUGAGGAUCUAUCUGGAUUAUAUGGCUGGACAGCUGUCUUUCUAUGAGCUGGAUGACUCGAUGAGACACUUAUAUACUUACAAUGCCACCUUCACCGAGGCUCUGUACCCAGUGAUCGUUGUGUGGUCUAAUGCUUGGGUGAGGGUCUUAAGUUAGGCUUGUUUCAAUAUACUAUAUAUCAGGCUGCCUCAAAUUACAGCCAGUGAGAAAGCAGGGAGGAUCCUAAUGCAGAGAGAUACUGACGUUAAAGGCAAUGAGAUGUGGAUGCUGCAGCCACAUCUGCUGAAUAAAUGUUAAUUCAUCUUAA